UGUUUAUUACACAUCCACAUUCAGUCGAUGUACAUGAGAGAGCCAUCAAACCCAGCUCACAGUCGCGAUAGAGUGCUCAUCGUGAAAACAUCACUCUAUUCCCCUAUCAUAAGCGACGUCUCGUUCGCUAUGUUAUAGUCCAAAUCGUGCAUCGUCGUCAUAGAAAAUACAUCCAAUUAGCAAACCAGAAUUCGCAUCAACAUUCAAAAUUGGAUUUCUUUCGUUCCAUGCCUGUGCAUAUAUCUUGCAGUAUCCGAAAAGUGAGAACUAAUUACUACGCAAUACGUAACAUCCUGUGAGUGAGUUGAAAGGUGAGGGUAGUGUGAAGAAAGGCAUCUUCCGAUUCCGAGUAAACAGGUGAUUAGCGAAAUCUCCCUAACCAACAUCAGUGCCAGUGCGGUACCCUUCAUAGGCGCAGGAAGAAGAUGACAGUGAACAACAUUCUCUGGUUUCGCCAUGGGCUCAGGUUACACGAUAAUCCCAGCCUGCUGGAAGCCCUUCGCAACGAUGGCACCGGGUCGGAAUCCGUUCGACUGUAUCCGAUAUUCAUCUUCGAUGGCGAAAGUGCUGGAACGAAAUUGGUCGGCUUCAAUCGGAUGAAGUUUUUGCUCGAAUCGCUGGCUGACCUUGACCGGCAGUUGCGUGAGAUUGGAGGACAGCUGUACGUCUUCAGGGGCAACGCAGUGAAUGUGAUGCGUCGAUUGUUCGAAGAAUUGAACAUUCAGAAGCUGUGCUUCGAGCAGGAUUGCGAGCCCAUCUGGAAGGCUCGCGACGAUGCCAUCCAGAACCUGUGCCGCAUGAUGGACGUCAAGUGCGUCGAGAAGGUGUCGCAUACCCUGUGGGAUCCGCAGCAGAUUAUUCGUACCAACGGCGGGAUUCCGCCGUUGACGUAUCAGAUGUUCUUGCACACCGUCGAUAUCAUUGGCAAACCGCCUCGCCCGGUGGCCGCACCCAGCUUCGAGUUCGUCGAAUUCGGCACCAUUCCGUCGAUUCUUGCUCAGGAAGUGAAGCUGCAGCAGGUUCGCAACCUUUCGCCGGAGGACUUUGGCAUUUACUACGAAGGCAACCCGGAUAUCUCCCACCAGCAGUGGAUGGGCGGAGAAACUAAAGCACUGGAGUGUCUUGGCCACCGACUGAAGCAGGAAGAGGAAGCAUUCCUGGGCGGGUACUUUUUGCCCACCCAAGCCAAACCGGAGUUUCUCGUGCCGGCCACGUCGAUGAGUGCCGCGCUACGAUUCGGGUGUCUUUCCGUGCGCAUGUUCUACUGGUGCGUCCACGACCUGUACGAGAAAGUGCAGGCCAACAAUCAGUACCGGAACCCCGGAGGACAACACAUAACGGGGCAGUUGAUUUGGCGCGAAUAUUUCUACACCAUGUCGGUGCACAAUCCGCACUACGCGGAAAUGGAAGCCAACCCGAUUUGUUUGAACAUUCCUUGGUAUGAACCGAAGGACGACUCGUUGGACCGCUGGAAGGAGGGCCGAACUGGAUUCCCGAUGAUAGAUGCCGCUAUGCGGCAACUGUUGGCCGAAGGGUGGUUGCACCACAUUCUCAGGAACAUCACUGCCACAUUUUUAACACGUGGUGCCUUGUGGAUCAGCUGGGAGGCCGGAGUGCAGCAUUUCCUAAAAUACCUGCUCGAUGCCGAUUGGUCAGUUUGCGCCGGCAACUGGAUGUGGGUUUCGUCGUCUGCAUUUGAGAAGCUACUGGAUUCGUCCUCGUGUACCUCACCGAUAGCGCUGGCUCGGCGACUCGAUCCCAAGGGGGAAUACGUGCGCCGAUAUCUGCCGGAGUUGAAGAACCUGCCGACGCUCUAUGUCCACGAACCAUGGAAGGCGCCGCUGGACGUGCAGAAGGAGUGCGGCUGCAUCGUUGGCCGGGACUAUCCGGCACCGAUGAUCGAUCUGGCGGCUGCCAGCCGGGCGAAUGCCAAUACCAUGAACAGUAUCCGCCAGAAGCUGAUGGAACGGGGUGGAUCUACGCCACCCCACUGUCGCCCUUCGGAUGUGGAAGAAAUCAGAAACUUCUUCUGGCUUCCGGAGGAUGUGGUUGCUGACUGUUAAAUGUGUCUCUACCUACCUACAUAUACUUACGAUGUUGAUUGUCGUGCCGCCGGAUGUAACGAUGUGCCAGUAAUGAAGUCAAUUGAUGUCAUUAUCAACGAAAGAGCUUAUUGUUGGAAGACGUUUAUAUUUUGUGGUGGAAAGUUUGUAACGUGUUUUUACUAUAAUAAAUUUUCAGAAAAGUAAAGUAAAGUAAA